AUGUCCCAGCUGCCUAUUUUACCAGACACAAACCCCGUAUUCGACUCGUUUAGGAUAUCUAUUGCUAAACGUCUCUCCGACACCCUUCCUCUGACUGUUGAACAAGCUUUUGCCGGUGUAGACUAUGGAAAGAAAGGGGAGGAUUUCACGGUCGCGUUGCCUCGAUUUCGACUACCCGGGAAGGUAGCGGAGAUUGCAGCAACGGUCAUCGAAGGGUUCCAACCGGACGAAUGGAUCGAGUCCAUCGUUCUUGACAGAUCUUUCCUUCACUUCCGAGUCAAUACUACGAACAUGAUUUGCCAAGUUCUUAACCAAGUGAACGCUCUCACCCAUCUUACACCCUCUGGACAGCCCGAGUACGGCUCCAACGAUUCUGGGAAGGGAAAAAGAGUCAUCAUCGAGUACUCCUCGCCCAACAUCGUCAAAGAAUUCCACCUUGGCCACUUACGGAGCACUAUCAUUGGUGCCUUUCUCGCUAACCUAUACAAGGCCUGUGGGUGGGAGGUCAUCUCUAUGAACUACCUCGGCGACUGGGGAACUCAGUUUGGCAUGGUUGCUACUGGCUACGAGAAAUACGGCUCACAAGAAGAGUUCGACCAAGACCCGAUCAUGCACCUGUACAACGUCUACGUCAAAGUCACCAAAGAUCUCGAGACUGACCCAAAGGUAAAAGUCGAGGCCGCGAGGUGGUUCAAGCGAAUGGAGGAUGGAGACGAGGAUGUGCUCAAGAAAUGGCACGGCUGGCGAGAGACGAGCUUGGAGAAGUACCAGGAGGCGUACGAUCAACUCAACAUCAAGUUUGACGUAUACACCGGCGAGAGCAACGUCAGCAAGGAGUCGAUGGACAAGGCCCUCGUGCAGCUUCAGGACAUGGGGCUCAUCUCCGACAGAGACUCCGCCAAGGAGGUCGAUCUAAACAAGUGGAACCUCAAGGCGCCAAUCGUUCGCAAGACAGACGGAACUUCUACGUACCUGACGCGUGACAUCGGUGGAGCGAUUGAGCGCUACGAGCGAUAUAAAUUCGAUAAAAUGAUCUACGUUGUCGGCGCUGCACAAGACUUCCACCUCGCCCAAUUCUUCAAAAUCGUCGAGCUCAUGGGCUUCCCUUGGGCCAAAAACCUCCUGCACAUCAACUACGGGAUGGUUCAAGGAAUGCGCACCCGAAAAGGGACCGCGGUCUUCCUCGACCGGAUCAUUAAGAAGGCAGGCAACGUUAUGCAUGAGCAGAUGAAGAAGAACGAUGAAAAAUAUGCGGUUAUUCAGGAUCCGCAGGCGACAAGUUUGGAGAUCGGGAUUACGGGCAUUAAGAUUCAAGAUAUGGCUGCUAAACGAAUCAACGACUACACCUUCAACUGGGACCGUAUGUUGUCCUUUGAAGGUGAUACCGGGCCCUACCUCCAAUACGCCCACUCCCGACUUGCCUCCAUCGGGCGCAAGAACCCACAACUCCUGCCCCUCCCGCCCACAUCGCAGAUUGCCACGCACGCCCUUGCUCAAUACUCAAACGCCCGCGAGAUCGCAUUCCUUCUGGGCACCUACCCUGAUGUUGUCAAUGUCGCGCUGAAGACACACGAACCCAGCGGGGUGGUGACGUUUGCGUUCAAGUUAGCGCAUGCGAUUUCGACGGCGUGGGACAGGGUGAUUGUAAAGGGCGAAGAGGAUGUGGAGAAGGCAAGGGCGAAGAUGUAUCUAUAUGAGUGUGCGAAAGAGGUUUUGGCGGCUGCCAUGCGUCUGUUGAGCAUCAGGCCUUUAGAGAGGAUGUGA